UUGGGGUACCUUUCAGAUCUGCGAGAGCAAGAGGAGCGCGGAGAGCUGCUGCAGCCCCUGGUCUUCGUCUCGCUGGUUCUGUGCUCGGUCCUGCUGUACUUCAGGGUGUCUCUCAUGGAUCCCGGUUUCGUGAAGUCUGACCAGGAAGUGAAGGCAAGCAAGAGUGAAGAACAAAGCGUGGUAAUACCCCAAGUUCCAAGUGAUAUUAAGAUGCGGCGUUGUGGUUACUGCAUGGUGAAGCAACCGAUGCGAGCCAAGCACUGCCAGCUGUGCCAGCACUGCGUACGGCGUUACGACCAUCACUGUCCCUGGAUUGAGAACUGUGUAGGAGAGAAGAAUCACCCCCUCUUCAUAGUCUACUUGAGCGUGCAGCUUGUAGUUCUGCUUUGGGGAGGUCACAUUGCUUGGUCAGGCCUCUACUUUGAACAGUCCUGGGACUGGCUGCAGCACAACAUUCUCCUCCUCAUGUCCUUCCUCCUGAUAGUCGUAUUGACCAUCGUUGACCUGCUGCUGCUGAUUUCCCACCUCUAUCUGAUCUCGUGCAACACCACCACCUGGGAAUUCAUGUCACAUCAUCGCAUCUCCUACCUGCAAAACUCCGAGUUAGAGAAUCCCUUUGAUCAAGGGGUAGUCCUCAAUCUCUGGAGAUUCUUCUGUUCAUGCCACCUCACUGCAUGGGAGAAGAUCUAUUUCCACAGGAACAAUCAGCCUGUCUAGGCACAGCGGUACCUGCCUGGUAGAGUGCCAGCACAGCUGCAGGUUGCUGGGUAAAGCUUUGCUCA